GUCCAUAACGUAACAGACGAGAAUAGGAUGCCCAACCCAAUGCUACAUUUCUGAUUCUCUCUCUCUCUUUCACACUCACAACUUCGACUUCAACAACACAACAAGAACCAUAUGUUGCAUCGCGAUCUCUCUUUAGCUUCAUAUAUCGCCAAUAUUUCAUGAUUUGGUAUUGACUUCAGCGGUGUUGGUGUUGGUGUUGGAGCUAGCUUAUUAGAAGAUUCACAGAAAGGGUUUUCAGCAUCUGUUGUUGUUGUAUUGUAUUGUAUUGAGGGAAAUGGAGUUGCGAAAACCCUUCAUCUGCCACUGGGUUUUCCUUUUCGUCAUCAUCUUUGCUCAGUUUGUCAAUGGUUUUUAUCUCCCCGGAAGCUAUAUGCACACUUACUCGAAUAGGGAUUUCAUAUAUGCCAAAGUUAAUUCAUUGACUUCGAUUGAAACCGAGCUUCCCUUCGGAUAUUACAGCCUCCCUUACUGCCAGCCGGAUGGGGGCGUAAAGAAAAGUGCUGAGAAUCUUGGAGAGCUUCUGAUGGGAGAUCAGAUUGAUAACUCGCCAUACCGGUUCCAGAUGAAUGUAAAUGAGACGGUCUACCUCUGCACCACAUCCCUGUUGAAUGAGCACGAGGUGAAGCUACUCAAACAAAGGACGAGGGAUCUGUAUCAAGUGAAUAUGAUCCUUGACAACUUGCCUGUUAUGAGGUUUACCAACCAAAAUGGGGUUAAAAUCCAGUGGACAGGGUUCCCUGUUGGGUACACUCCUCCUGAUGGCAGUGCAGAUUACAUCAUUAACCAUCUUAAGUUCACGGUCUUGGUUCAUGAAUAUGAAGGAAGCGGCGUUGAAAUUGUGGGGACAGGGGAGGAAGGUUUGGGGGUUAUUUCUGAAUCUGAUAAGAAAAAGGCAUCCGGGUAUGAAAUAGUCGGUUUUCAGGUGGUACCUUGUAGUAUUAAAUAUGAUCCUGAAGUCAUGUUGAAGCACAAGAGGUAUGAUACUCUUUCUCCCAUUAGCUGCCCAGCUGAGCUUGACAAGUAUCAAGUGAUAAGAGAGCAGGAAAGGAUAUCGUUCACAUACGAGGUUGAAUUUGUGAAAAGCGAUAUAAGAUGGCCAUCACGUUGGGAUGCUUAUUUGAAGAUGGAGGGUUCCCGAGUUCAUUGGUUCUCGAUCUUAAAUUCACUUAUGGUUAUCUUUUUCCUUGCCGGUAUUGUUUUUGUCAUUUUCCUAAGAACCGUGAGGAGGGACUUGACUAGGUAUGAGGAACUGGACAAAGAGACCCAAGCUCAGAUGAACGAGGAGCUCUCGGGAUGGAAACUUGUUGUUGGUGAUGUGUUUAGGGAGCCUGAUUGCUCAAAGCUUCUCUGUGUGAUGGUUGGAGAUGGGGUUCAAAUUCUUGGAAUGGCCGGUGUUACUAUUGUUUUUGCAGCAUUUGGCUUCAUGUCACCAGCAUCCCGAGGAAUGCUACUAACAGGGAUGAUCAUUUUAUAUCUUAUCCUGGGAAUUGCUGCAGGCUACGUCAGCGUGCGCUUAUGGAGGACCAUUAAGGGAACAACGGAAGGGUGGAGAUCAAUCUCCUGGUCAGCUGCAUGUUUUUAUCCUGGAAUUGCUUUUGUCAUUCUUACAGUGCUGAAUUUUAUUCUCUGGAGCAGCAACAGUACCGGUGCCAUACCCAUUUCCUUGUAUUUUGAGUUGUUCUUCCUUUGGUUCUGCAUUUCAGUACCCCUUACCCUCAUUGGAGGAUUUAUGGGGACGAAAGCUCAGCCAAUUGAGUAUCCUGUGCGGACUAACCAGAUUCCAAGGGAAAUCCCUGCCCGCAAAUACCCAUCAUGGCUUCUUGUUCUUGGUGCUGGAACUCUUCCAUUUGGAACCCUCUUCAUUGAGCUUUUCUUCAUCCUGUCCAGUAUUUGGCUUGGGAGGUUCUAUUAUGUGUUUGGUUUCCUGUUGGUUGUUCUUCUAUUGCUAGUUAUUGUUUGUGCUGAAGUGUCUGUGGUCCUCACUUACAUGCAUCUCUGCGUGGAAGAUUGGCGGUGGUGGUGGAAGGCAUUCUUUGCGUCAGGUUCUGUCGCUCUUUAUGUCUUCCUGUACUCCAUUAACUACUUGGUGUUCGAUCUGCAGAGUCUGAGUGGACCUGUCUCAGCUACCCUUUACCUUGGCUAUUCUCUACUCAUGGCCAUUGCAAUCAUGUUGUCAACCGGCACCAUCGGCUUCCUUAUGUCAUUCUACUUUGUGCACUACUUGUUCUCAUCAGUGAAGAUAGAUUGAGGUUCUUGCUGUCAUUGCCUAUUAACUAUGCAAAUGGUUAAUUGAUAUAACUUGUGCUGAGUCCUUUUUGUAGCUUGAUCGCAUUGCAGAAUAUUGAGUAGGGCAACGGAUGUUUCAUUCAUUGUCUAAAAUUGUUGCCAAACGAUUUUAUAUUCUGAUGGGGAUCACAGUUUGUUCUCCUUCUGCCUGUAGCGUACUUAUUCAAGUAUUCAAUUAGUGUUUUGUGUUUCAAGUAUUUUAGUUUAAGUUUCAUUAGAAGGUUGUAAUUCAAACUGUCUCAUCUCAUUUCAAUACUGUAGAAAAAUAAUGUUAGAUAGAUAUGUGUCUCAGAACUAGUUGUGAUGUUUUCUGUGCUUUUGGCUUUUUCUUUUUGUUUUUUUUUUACUUUUGUAACCUUUUUGGAUUCAAGAAUGGGAAGGAGACUUGGUAUUAUAGUAAAGGGAGUUAUUUAAGCUUAA